GUUCAGGAUGCUUGGGAAGCAGUUUCGGCUGCUUUGGUGGUUAGCCAUAUUGGCGACUGCCUCGGCUGCGAAACGAAAGCAUCGUCAAACAUUUCAAGAUAUCGAUCCGGAAGGAGCCAGUGAUAUACAAAUUAGCGUUUACCCAACAGAAGCGACUGUAAGGGAAGGUAAAGAUGUGUUGUUCGAUUGUCGUGCACGAACCGCCGACAAUACAUAUUAUCCGCCAACUACAUGGAGCCGUGUUGGUGGUGCUUUGGCUCCAUACGCCCACGAUGCAGCCGGUAGACUUACCAUUAACCCGGUAUCGCUAUCCGAUUCUGGAGAAUAUGUUUGUACCGCUACACAUAAUGGACAGACAGUCGAGGCUCGAGCCACCCUUCAUGUUCAAUCAUAUGGCCCACAAGAUCUACAGAACCAACUGUCCUCAUCAGGACAAUGUAUGGCCGACGAGCGUGCUUGUGGAAAUAACGAAUGUGUGAAGGCUGAUUACAAAAUGUGGCUUUGCGAUGGAGACGAUGACUGUGGAGAUAAUUCUGACGAGCAAAAUUGCGGCGUGCAAGAAGCAGGAGAAAUGUGCAAAAAGACUGAAUUCCAAUGUCGGGACCAAACACAAUGCGUGCCAUCGUCUUUCCAUUGUGAUGGAACAAAUGAUUGUAGAGAUGGAAGUGACGAGGUUGGAUGCGUCCAGCCAACAGUUGUUGAACCACCUGAGACGAAUAAGCAGGUCCCACAGGGAUCGACAUUCCAGCUGACUUGCAAGGCGGUAGCUGUGCCAGAAGCCUACAUCAAUUGGCGUCUUAACUGGGGACCAGUUUGUGAACCGCCACGAUGUAUCCAGACUUCGGAGGGUGGCUACGGUACUCUCACUGUCAGCAAUGCACAAGCACUAGACCAAGGCGCCUACACAUGCGAAGCCAUCAACGUAAAAGGACGAGUUCUCGCCACACCCGAUUGCAUUGUUCGAAUUGUUAACAUCCCGGCACCAGAGCCUCCACCAAGACCUUCACCAAUUCCACAAGUCACUUGUGACAGUCGAGGAUCCGUGUCCAUAUACACUCAAGAAGUCGGCGGUUGCUCAUGCAAGGAACUUGUGACUGGCCCAACAUGCGACGUAUGUAUCCCGGGAUCAUUCUUUUUGGAUGAGAGAGCGCCUCAAGGUUGUCUGAAAUGCUUCUGUUUUGGAGUUACAGACCAGUGCCGUUCAAGCACCUGGUACAGAACUCAGGAUCGUUUGAUGUUUGCCGGCACAUCGGAGGGAGUUACGCUUUCGGACGUCGAAGAACGAGACAUAGACCGUGACUCCAGAUUCGAAUUUACGAAGCCGGGAUUCUUGACUUACUCAUAUCCACUUCAAGGAACAAAGUACUGGAGAAUGCCGGCGAGGUUCCUUGGAGACAAGGUUACCUCUUACGGAGGAAAGAUGGAAUUUGAGAUCGAAUACACCGGAAGCGGUCCGAUGACUCGAGAACCUAUGGUGGUUUUGAAGGGUAACCAAAUCGUACUCGUUCAUCAUGUCCGCAAUCAGGAACAGCUUCUACAAACAGACAGACCCGCUACCAUAACCGUCGAAACCUAUGAGACAAACUUCGUUCAAAUGAACGGAGCACCAGCCACUCGCGAAGAUUUGAUGAUGGUUUUGGCUGAUCUGGACGCUUUCCUUAUUCGCGCAACCCAUGUUGAGCAACAAGAGUCUACCAGUCUCGGACACGUCUCAUGGCAAAUCGCUGUCGAUCGUCCAACUUCAGAUGGACUUGCACUUGAGGUUGAACAAUGCUCAUGCCCACCUGGAUACAUUGGAACAUCUUGUGAGGAUUGCGCUCCCGGUUACGAAAGAUCUGGUCAAGGACCUUACCUUGGUACCUGCGUACCUACUCAGCAAAGACAGCCACAAUGCACUGGUCCUGGCGCAGUCUCACAGUAUCAAACAGGAGGAAGAUGCCAAUGCAAGACAUACGCACAAGGUCCGAAUUGCGACCAAUGUCCACCAAACUCCUUCUACAUGGCAGUUACGAAUCCGCAAGGAUGUAUCCCAUGCUUCUGUUCUGGUGUUACACAACAGUGCCAAUCUUCCAGCUUCCGACGAACAAUAGUUGAAAUCAAUUACCCUCGUGGAGAUCGCGAUCAGCUCGUUUUAACUACAUCAGAUGUUCGACAGCCGUACCAUCCCCCGACCCCGGCUUAUCUCAGUGGCCAAGCCAUUGAAUUUGUAAACUUCCAUGAGGCAAAUGGACAAACACUUUAUUGGAAACUUCCUGCAAAAUUCCUCGGAAACAAAGUCACUGCAUAUGGAGGAACAUUGAAGUAUACGUUCCGAUACAACGGUGAAGGUGGAGCAAACCAAGAACCUGAUGUCAUUAUUCGCGGAAAUGAUAUCACUUUGCAAUAUACACAUCGUCAACCUAUCCAUCCUGAAAGGGAAAAUGUCAUCGAAAUAAAAUUCUUCGAAGACAGAUGGCAACGAGUCGAUGGACAGCAAGGAACACGCGAACAUCUCCUUAUGGCUCUUGCUGAUCUCGAUGAUAUUCUUAUCAAAGCAACUUAUAUGGAAGAAUGCUCUACAUCUAGUCUUAUCAGCGUUACUAUGGAAUUUGCCGAACCUCAAGGUCGAGGCCAACCGGCGUAUGAGGUGGAACAAUGCCAAUGUCCUCCUGGUUACAUUGGUACCUCGUGUGAAGAUUGUGCUCCAGGAUAUUCAAGAACUGGCGGUGGAUUGUACUUGGGCCUGUGCGAACGUUGCGAAUGUCAUGGCCAUGCUACUCAGUGUGACAAGGAGUAUGGCUUCUGCAUUGACUGCCAACACAACACCGAAGGGGAUCAGUGCGAAAGAUGCAAACCUGGUUUCGUCGGAGAUGCUCGAAGAGGUACUCCUCAUGACUGCCAAGCUGCUGCUACUCGACCUCCUUGCCAAUGUAAUAACCACUCGCCAAGAGGAUGCGAUUCCUUCGGAAGAUGCUUGCUCUGUGAGCACAAUACCGAAGGAACUCAUUGCGAACGAUGCAAAAAAGGUUUCUAUGGAGAUGCCACUAAGGGUACACCUUACGACUGUACACCUUGCCCGUGCCCUGGUGCAGCUGAUUGCUACCUCGACGCUCAGGGACAGGUGGCCUGUAGAAAUUGUCCUGCAGGUCUAUAUGGACGACUAUGUGACGAAUGUGCUCCCGGUUACACCCGCUCGCACAAACUCGCAGGACGUCCUUGCGAGCCGAUUGGUCAGGUUGGCGAAGGCGAAAGGACUUACGUGCCGCCAGCACACCCCUAUGAAGCGCUUCGUGUCCGAGUUCUGGAGCCGAAGCAUCAAAUGGUUGCUGAGGGGGCUUUUGUGCAGUGGACGUGCCGGAUUUUGGGACCCAUGGUAUGCGGUGGCAAAGGCCUUAGUUUUUAA